GGCCAGUCAUUGUAACACUCAUUAUGUAGUUUUCUAUAGGGAUUAAAUACAGUUUACUAUUUGGAACCGUUAAAAAGGCAGGUUUAUAUUAUUAUGCCGGUGUAAAUAAGAAAAAAUAAACUGUUUGACGAAUGAUAUUUACUUGAACACUCGUUAUUCGAUGAGUCAACUUCAGAAAAGGAAGCCGAGUUUUUUUAACCAGUGACAUAUACCUAGUGGAUUUUAAAACCUCGUAUUCGGGAAUGUGAGCAGUGAAACAUUGUGUUGUGGAAUUAGGAACUUAAACAAAAUUGAGUUCCGCGCUGUUUGAGAGAUCUGAAAUCCGUUUCCAUCAAGGAUUAAUCUUUUAAAGUACAAUAUGAGAAGAAUUUUAAUGUGAAGGAUUCGCCAUUGUUAAACGGCUCUAUCUCCCGGGUUUGGACCGAAGCUUUGGAAUCAUUUAAAGGAUUACAAACAUCUAUAUAGCAAACGUCGGGCUCCUAAAUAUUAAAUAUUAUUUUAUUUUCGCUGACAUAUAUCAAUUUAAUCCCUAUCUAUAUCAAUAAUGUCACGUUUGAAAGUCCAGACAUACAAGAUAACCAACCCAUUAUUAGAUAGGACUUUGAACUGAUGCUGGAAUGAAUGCAGAUCUAAAAACGGUGAUCUGACUUUUCAAAAUCGGAAAACAAAUGGAUGCCGGAAAGAAAGGAAAGGUCAAAUUUGCCGACCAGAAAGUCAAGAAAAAAGCUAAAUCGGCCUCAGACAGACGAAAUUCGUCCAAAUUAGUUUCGGUUCAGAAUAGUUCGGACGGACGUGUGGACGAACGGACAGAUUCAAACAAAACUCGAACCGAACAAUACAAAGAGGACACUAGUAGUGAGUUGAAUCGUAUUGAUAGGACACAAAUAGAUUUGGACAGGACGGAAAGUGGUCAAGAAGAGUUAGUUCCGGAUAAAUCAGACACAACCUUCUCGGACUUGAACGUUCCGGUCAACAGUGAAAAUCCUGACAAAUAUGACUACCCCACUGAGAAUGGCCGGGCAAAUCCUGCCAAAGUCACGACGGACGAAACUGAACGGACGAAGGUACCCGAAGUUACGACGGACGAUACUGGACGGACGAAGGUACCCCAUGUCAUGACGGACGAAACUGGACGGACGAAGGUACCCCAUGUCACGACGGACGAAACUGGACGGAUAAAGAUACCAAAAAGAGCACAAUCAGCGGCAAGCGAAGGAAGCAAUGUCGACGAUGUUGGCGCUGAAAUAAUCACUUUAAAUAUCGGAGGAUUUAAACACCAGACAAAAUUAGAAACCAUUUCUCAAUUCCCAAGUACCAGACUCGCUAAAUUGGCCGAUUCGGCUAGACUGACUGGAAAACGGGAAUAUUUCUUUGACAGGCACCCAACUUUAUUUGGAUACAUUUUGAAUUUCUACAGAGUAGGGAAAUUACACGUGCCGAUUAGUCUGUGUGGACCCCUUUUAAGGGAGGAACUCGAUUUUUGGGAAAUUGACGAUAAGGAUAUUGAGCAAUGUUGCUGGGUUCAUUACAUCAGUUUCGAGGACACGCUUGAUAUGAUAGAGAAAUUUGAACAAGAUGACAAGCGCACGAAGAACUCAGCACGAAAUGUUGGACCCGAUGAUCCUUGUUGGUAUCGUCAUAGACCGAAAGUUUGGAGGGCUCUACAAGAUCCUUAUUCAUCUAAAGGGGCCACG